GUGUAUAUAUAUAUAUAUAUACCCGGUACCCUAUACAUGAUAGACGUAAUCACUGAUCACUGAAUCAAUAUAUGUUUCUGGUUUGGUGUUAAUAUAUUUUUAUUGGUGUAUAGAUAUAUCUAUGUGUAUACAUUAUGCGACACUGGGAUGUACACCUCAGAUUUGGACCAAUGAGCAUGAUCCAUUCUCUUCCUCUAUAUAUACACCCACUAACAGAAUUCAAAUGUUCAUUAUUGGUUGUUGUGGUGGGCCCUUUCCAUAGAUAUCUAUACUAGUACCGACAAAAUGCAAAGACAAGUCACAAGAAUGUGGUUUACCGGUGCUUUCUUGUUCCUUGUGACCUUGACCCACUCCCAACAGAUAGAUGACCUUUCUCCCAACUGUCGGUACAGAGCUAGUGAGCCCUCCAUGACUUCUGUCACGUGCAACUAUGAAAACACAUCCAGUAUUUCAAGAUUACUGGAACUCAGUCGAUCGUACCUGGAACAGGAAUCUUGGAAAUCCCUUGAAGUCACUGGAAAUUCCAACAUCACCUCAUUUCCAGCCGAUUACUUCACCGGAAUCAAAGACAUAGAAUCUCUAGGUUUCCAUGGCACCAGGCUUCAGUCUAUACCAGAUAUCUUUGUGAACCUUCAGCAGGUCUUUACAAUUGACCUGUCCCUUAAUGAACUAUUAGUCAUUAGUACACUUCAUUUACAGAAACUUGGCAUCCACCACCUGAACUUGUCCAAGAAUAUCAUCAGAUUCCUAAAAGCAGAUGAUCUUUUAUGGAUUCCUUCUGUAGAGGUUCUAGAUCUUUCCAACAAUAACAUUGGAGAAAUAGCAGAUAACAGCUUUAGUCCCACAAGACUCAUCAGAAAACUAAUUCUAUCCUCCAAUUUCUUGACAUCCAUCUCAGAACACUUUUUCUCUGGUUUGGAAAGCAAUCUCAAGGAGCUAUACCUGGGAAAGAAUCAAAUUUCUGAUAUUCAUCCUCUAGCAUUUAGCAAACUUCUUGAGCUGAAGCUUUUGGAUUUGUCUGACAACCCAUUAAAUCUUAAAAUUGAUGUCAGCUCCAUCAAACUUCCACAGCACAUAGUACAUCUAGACCUACAAAGAACAAAGCUCUCAACUCUGGAGUAUUGUUCCCUAAGCCAUCUCCAUGACAUUGAGUUCAUAAACCUCCAAGGAAAUGACCUUCAUUGUACCUGUGGCGUUGUCUGGGUAAGCCAGUUACUGAAGCGCCACUUUUAUCCCUCUCUUCACUCUCAGAGGGAGCAGACUGAAAUACUGUGUCUCAAUAUGAACAAUGAGACAGUCAAUGCCUCCUCUAUAGAACCAGAAUGCAACAAGAAGACCAAACCUCCAUGCUCAAGCCUCACAGCCCUGUCCCAGCUAAAGCUAAAACUUAAAGACCUCCAUUAUAUGGUAGAAAUCAGGAAAGGGAAGAUCUGGAUGCACUGGAGCCAUCUGAACUCCUCUCUGAUCUAUGCCUAUCGGAUAGAGGUGAUAGAACAUGGCAAGGAAAAAGAGUAUUUCUAUGGACCUGUCACCAUUCACUCCAGUUCCAACUAUUUCAAAAUAGAGAGCUUUGAACUGAAAAACACACGGCUGCAAGUUUGUCUUUACGUUAUGGCUAAUGAGACUUACGACCUACAUGUGCAGUGUGCUUUCGUGGAGGACAAAUCCCUGAACAGCAUUGUGGGAAUUCUGGCUGGCAUCAUUUUCCUCAUCCCUUGUGUUAUUGGUUUAUCCCUUGUCAUCUAUCAUGACAGAAAACACAGACUUCUAGAGGAAUCAAAGAGACUGCUUCACUCGGAUUCAGACUCUGAGGACGAAAGCCGGAAUGUGUAUAAACAGGAAGUCAGAGAUGAGAAUCUGGAUGAUGUUCAGGAAAUUAAGAAAAGACAAAUUCAUGAUGGAAUCGUUCUAAACUCCACACAAUUACCAGAGUCUAUAUCUCAAGUGUCUGUGAAAUUCAUUAACGAAGACACUGCCGUAGUAAAACAAAGUGACAUCUCUACUGUGGAUGGAGGUUUAUCAAAACCCUAUACAAACACAGACUCCUCAACAACGACUCCAGACUCAACCAGUGCCAACAUAGAAUUCCAGACCUGUGGGGACCCAUCAUAAGGAUCAAGUUGUCAUAGCAACUAGUCACAAGAAAGUCCCAUUUUCUUUAGUGAUAAAUAUCUAUGCAAUUACAACUAUAUAUCAUGUACUGUUAACUUUCAUGGAAAUUAAAUCAAUGCAGCUGUGUUGAGACUCUUGAUUAUGAAAAUAUGCAUGGCUCGAUCAUCCAUUUCAUACUGAAUUUGAAAUAUUCAUGUAUUGUACAUACAAUGUUUUGCAUAAUAUAUAACGUUAUUUUUAGUUAUGAAUUAAAGAGAGUUAACCAAG